CCUCAUCCUUCGCCGAUUGCAGCUGCCAGCACGCCAGCCUUCGCCGAUUGCAGCCUCCAGCUUCCAGCCCGCCAGAAGCUCGAAGCGCCGAUUGCAGAAGCUCUGAUUCUGUGAAGCUAUUCAAUGUCCCGCCAUGGUGCAGCGUAAUUAGUGGGAGAACUCCUGAAGCGCAGAUUCGAAGCUCAAUAUUCAAAGUUUUUCAUUACUUAUCAAACCCUAAUGUUUGAGUAUGGAUUCCACUGUUAAGAAAUGUCAGCAGAGGUUCCGAAAAUUGAAGAAUGAGACUGAUAGGUGGGAGGAGCUUCAAACUAGACUGCUUUCCCAAUUUACUAGAGCCUCAUCCAUCAUCCAGAGGUUGCAGGUGAUUCAAAAUUCCAAAAACUAUGGUGCCUUGAAAUGCAUUCAAGGUAUUGAAAAUGCUGUAUUGGCAAAACAGUUGAAUUCUCUGCAAAAAAUUCUCUUUUCUAUGAACAAGACACUGGAAGAAUUUCAUUCCAUUGUUUUAUCUUUCGAGAAGAUUGUUCGUGAUUGUAGAGAGCAUGUAAAAUCUGGAUUGGGCCAACGAACUAUGAAACAGUUGCAGAAACGAAUUGGCAUCAACCCAAGUCUUGCAGAUUGCUUAGAUGGGCUUAGUAUUCUUUGUGAGAUGCACCGAUCAGAGUACUGUCUUAAAUCUUCCGUGUUAUCUGCAACUUCAACAAUUGCCUUUAAACCCAGUGUGGCCAAUGAUUUAAGUCUCUUCCAGCAGCUUUUGAUAGAUCAGCCUAAUAUACCUAAAGAUGAAGUCCAAUUUGUAUUUGAUGUCAUUUUUGCUGAAGACAUCUAUUAAUGCUUAUAACUCUGGAGAGGUGCGAAACGUCUUGAGAUUGGACCUCAAGUGAAUGAGUUAGUGUCAAAAUUAGCUUGAGUAUUGGCGGUACUGAAGUCUUUGUGUGCCUCAAAAUAAAAUCAAUAUUCGUACUAAUACCGUAGUAUAAUGUAGUAAGGUUCGUAUUCACAAGGAAAGGUAACUCUUCUUGUAUGAAGUGGUAAUCAAAGGGAUUUUUUUGAUUGUUUGAAUUUAAAAAUAUUUUAACACUAAUAUGAAUGAAUUAUGUGAUUUAGGAUGUUUUGACUUGGACUGAGAUUUGCUAGUAUGGUCUGGUUUGAAUUGGACUGGUACAUGUUUGGUCUCUGUGUAUUUUAUAAUUAUGGAAGUCUUGUCUGGUUUGGUCUAUUUAAAUCUGGUUUGGUCUGGAUUGAAAACAGUCCAAGUAAAAACAUCCUUAAUAUCAAUGGGAAUAAGGAAUUAAUUUUGCUAAUUUCCACUUAAUGAAAUGUUCGUCGAUUCUUGUUCUAACUUUAACUAUCCCAUUUGGAAUACUCAAUCGUUGAGUAUUUUCAAUUCAUUGAUACACGUCAUUAAUAAAACUUACUACUUAGUCAAUAUAGAACAUAGUCAAUAUAGAGCAAACGCCUUAUAUUGAUCCAAUAAUAGCAAUAAAUUUUAGAUGAAAUCAACUGAGAUUGAUAAUAUCAACACAACCGUUUAAUCGGUUUAAUCAAUAUAAAUAAUCUCUCUUUAGAUUAUUAACCAUGAGACAUGUGCAUUAGUAAUCUAAACUUACCACUAUUGAACGCAUCAAGCUAAUAAAAAAACAUAUGCGUCGAUCGAUUUUAAAAUCUUCUCAUAGGCAUCACCUUUGGUUUAUUGGUAUGUUGAGCUAAAACCUAGUCCUUUAACUAUUCUCACUCUCCAAGAAUUAUAACACUUCUCUUGUUGCCUGUUUGAUAUUCUGUACAUCUUGUUAUACUCUUUUUCGCAUGUUUAAUUCCAAGAAGUUUUUUCAUGACAUUACAUAUUUCUAAGCAUACUGCAAUGUGUUUUUUAGAAGGGUAGCUUAUAAUGCUUCAUUAAUGUAGAAUUGUAGAUAAUUUAAAUGUGCCCCAAAAAAUUAGUGUCUAGCAUGUGACUUAGCAGAAUAAUCUUUAGUUUUAGUAUGUGCACUCAUUCUUUAUUUCUAUUGGAAUCCAUUACUUGUCAGAGCCUAAUGGAGUAACAUCCUAUCCAUGUGAAAUGUGUUACACACACUAAUCUCCAAUCAAAACAUCUGAACUAAAAAUGUAGCAGUUUUCUCAAUUGAUACUGCUUUGAUGUGUCCCUUGCACAGUAUCCAGCUUGGAAUGGCAAGUGCAAUGAAAACGUUCUGUGGCCAAGCUUAUGGAGCAAAGCAGUAUCACAUGCUGGGCAUUUACUUGCAGCGCUCAUGUAUUCUGCUCUCUUUGAGCUCUAUUGCUCUGUUGCCUCUUUUUAUGUUUGCCUCCCCCAUAACGGAACUUUUGGGUCAGCCAGAUUACGUGGCCGUAUUGACCGGUGAGGUGGCGAUGUGGCUUAUCCCUAUGCACUUGAGCUUUCCCUUUCAGUUUACAUUGAUGAGAUUCCUACAGUGCCAACUAAAAACUUUGAUGAUCAUUUGGGUAUGUGGUGGAGCACUUCUACUCCACGUAGUUUUGAACUGGGUUUUUGUUUAUACAUUUAGAGUUGGGAUUGUUGGAACUGGUAUUGUUCUUGAUAUUUCAUGAUGGGCUUCUGUUAUUGGACUUGUUGCUUAUAUUGUCUUUGGAGGAUGCCCACAUUCCCGGACUGGUUUCUCUAGGCAAGGGAUCUUUGGUCUUUAGGAGUUUUUAAGCUUUCUUUGGCCUCUGGAGUUAUGCUCUUGUGUGUUUCUUUCUCUUUCUCUCUCUGUCCUGCACUCAGUGCUUCCAGUAGUGAAUAUUGAUCUCAUGACAGAAAAAGAAAAAUAAAUUAUUGUCAUUUCAGAUUGGAGAAUUUCUACUUUAGAGUUUUAAUCAUCAUCUCAGGCUAUAUGAAGAAUAAUGAUGUUUCCAUUGAUGCUCUCUCCUUCUGUGUUACUAUCAUCGGUUGGGAAGCCAUGAUUCCAUUAGGGCUAUUUGCCGCAACAGGGAUUCGUGUGGCAAAUGAACUAGGAGCAGGAAAUAGAAAAGGAGCAAGGCUUGCAACUAAAGUGUCAUUAUUGAACAUUUGAACUCUUUUAUAAUCAGCGUUCUGUUUUGGUUGAUUAUUAUGGCAUUUCCUGAGAAGCUUGCUAUGAUCUUUACCUCAAACACCUUUGUUAUAAAAAUGGUUCAUGACCUUUCAUUCUUGUUAGCAACUACUCUUCUCAUCAACUGCAUUCAACCCAUACUCUCAGGCAAGAAAACAUAAAAUCCAGUCUCUUGUAAUUGUAAGGGUCUGUUUGGUAAGGGGCUUAGGGCUAUUUAAUAAAAAACCAUUUUCGCCACAGAAGUCAAUCUUUUUUAUAGCCUAACACAACCAUAAUUAUAGGAGUAGCUGUUGGAUUUGGUUGGCAGGCGCUGGUGGCAUAUGUAACUCUUGGAUACUAAUACCAUUUCGGAUUAAAGGGCAUCUGGAUAGGAAUGAUGUGUGGAACAGUGGUUCAAACAAUAUUGAUUUUAACAGUUCUCACAUUGAGAUGUGCGUGCUAGAGGUAAAUUUAGGGGCCGUGGGUCUUUCUACAUUAUGUUAUUUGUAAAACAGCCCAUCUUCCUGAGCUAAUGACGUUAAAAUCCCACUGGAGGGACCAAAUUAGUUUUUUCACUAGUCUGAAAUUGGC